AGACUACGCAGAGAGCGACGCAGCCCGCUUGUUCUACUGCGAGAGCCCGAUCGCGCUUGGAUUAUAACUAUGACUCUGGAGGAGAUCCGCAGACAGGAGACCACAAUGGAAGACGCAGAUAGGGUGCAAAGUGCAGGCGCAGCCCUGGAGGAACUGCUGGUCGCCGCUGAGAAGCAGGACUACCUGACGGUGGGAGUUUAUGAGUCGGCCAAAGUCAUGAAUGUCGACCCAGACAGCGUGGCAUUCUGCGUCCUCGCCACCGACGAGGAGUACGAGUGUGACAUUGCUCUUCAGAUCCACUUUACCCUCAUCCAGGCGUUCUGCUUCGACAACGACAUCAACGUGGUGCGCGUCAACGACAUCGAGCGCCUGGCAGACCUCGUGGGCGCAGACGAGACCGGCGAGCCCAAGGACGCGCACUGCAUUCUUGUCACGAGCCCCAGUGCGAACCCGUGGAAGGACCCUGCUCUGGACAAGCUGAGUCUGUUCUGUGAGGAGAGCCGCAGUGUGUACGACUGGGUGCCCACCAUCACACUCCCGGAGCGCUGAAGUGACAUUCCACCAAAAAUGCUUCACAUGAUGAUGAUGAAGAUGAUGAAAAGAAAGUCAAGGAGCUGAGCUUCAGCUGGGGGUGUCAAGCCUUUCCGCCUCACUUUUCUGGAUUAAGAGGCUGCGGUUGCAAACCCCCCACUCCCCUGCAAGAGCGCACACUUCAGUGCAUUCUGGGUCAGCACGUUGGCUCUGGAUUACCCUGCGGAAGGGGUUCAAGUCCAGAGGUCAGGUGUGGACUAGGAAAGAUGUAUGUGGAGUGGACUGAAAGCCUGAUGGACACUGAGAAGGAGUUGGACCGUACUGCGUAGUGCAGGAAAAGAUGAUGAGUGGCGACCCAGGGACUGCCCUAGAUAAUAGGCACUGGGGAAAUGAGCAGAGAAGGUCACACAGAGAGAGACUGUGCAAGAAAUGGACUUAUGAAAGUGUGUGAGAUGCACUGAAUCUAAUCAGAGGGAAAGAAGGAAGAUGCUGGUCAUGAAGAGGGUAUCUGAAACUAUCCAAAUGGACUCAACCUUUAUUUACCAGUGCAGCUAUCAGGAUGUUCUUGGAAUAAGCAGAGACUUUGCCUGCAAAUCCUGAUUUCAGCUGUCUGUACCUGUGACACUUUUUCAUGGACUAUUGUUUUCACUUUCAGAUAUGCAGACAAAACAAUGCAAUUAUCGUUUGAAUUGUACUCAUUUUUAAUGCUUUUUGUAAAUAAACAUUUGGAAUCAAACUCAUCCUCUCUUGUCA